AUGCCUUGGCAAGGGCCUCUAUCUAGAGACCCAAUUGCCAAGUACAACAAUCUGUUCUCUAAUGAAUAUGGAGUUUAUACCGUGUCUAUAGAGGCUCUUAGUGCCACUGAUAAUGAUAUCUCUAGAUGGAUGGUCGAUUCCGGGACUAGUACCUAUAUGACCCUUUAUAAAUCCGUCUUUAUCAAUUUCCGUGAAUGUGUCUUGCCUAUAUCGAUAGCGAUAGGUGACGUUUUCUAUACAGAGGGUUACGGUGACGUUAUCCUCCGGAUGGGAAACUAA